AUGAAGUUUGUUGAACUUGAAACGGAAACCAAACAACUGCAGAAUAUUGUAACAGAGCAGGGUAACAGGAUAAAAGACCUCGAGGAAACAUCCCAGCAGUUAAACAACAGGGUUCGUGAUCAAGAAAGGUCUGACAAUGCUUUCAAUUUGACAAGUGAUUUGUGUAAACACAAUUCUUGUGAUGGAAACGGAACAUGUCUUCCUUUCGGGGGAGGUUUUACAUGUGUGUGUAAAAAUGGCACAUAUGGAUCAAGCUGUGAGCUGACAGAUCAUUGUUUUUCCAACCCAUGUGUACACGGUGAAUGCUUCUCAAGUAGGAACAAUUACACGUGCCAUUGUACCCAGGGGUACCAAGGAAGGAACUGCAAUUUAGAUAGUUGUGCAAAUAGCCCUUGUUAUUACAGAAGCUGUGUUGCAGAUGUCACCGGGUUUACGUGUAUUUGCCAGACUGGUUAUGGUGGUGCUACUUGUAACGAAGAUAAUAUAGUAACUGCCACCGACUGCAAUGAUAUAUAUCGCCAAAAAAAGACGGCAGCUGACGGUGUUUACAGUAUUCGUCUCUGGAAAAGCCACACAGUUAUUCAAGUAGUGUGUGUCAGGUCAUCUGACGGGGCUGGAUGGACAGUUUUCCAGAACCGGUUUGACGGAUCUGUUAACUUCUACCGAUACCUGACUGAUUACACAAAUGGCUUUGGUAAUAUUUCCGGGGAAUAUUGGCUGGGCCUUAAGUACAUUAAGGAACUGGCAGACCAAGGGAUGACCACAAUCAGGAUGGAGGUGACUGCGGCGGAUGGGACGUCGGCGUUUGAAGAGUGGCCGGACUUCAGUCUCGACGAUGCCCCGGGAUAUAUGCAACAUGUUGGGGGAAAUGGUCAAGGAACGGCUGGUGACCAAGACAACUGGUUUACAUCAUACAAUAAAAACUUCACUGCUAAGGGCAGCUACUGUGGCGACAUAGCCCAGGGUGGGUGGUGGUACUACAGCUGUUCAUACAUCAACUUGAACGGGCCGUACAAGACACCAGGCAUAAUACCAACUGGGGUUAUCGAUAAACAUUUCAUGUAUUAUUACUCAUUUAGACAUAAUGAGGCUUUGAAGGCAUCUAGAAUGAUGCUGCGUAGAUUAUUUUGAACUAGGUUUUGGUUGUUAUUUUUCAUGAACGUGCUUGUAUAUAUCUUUUUCUAUGACUCAAAAAAAACGUUACCUUACUACCAGUAAAGAGUUAUAUUUAACUUUCAUUUAUGUACAAGUACAUGACUUAUUAAUAUGUUGAAUAAUAACGUACAGCAAAACAUUGUUAUGAAUAAAUGAUAAUCAACUUGUCUAUAGAUGUUCCAAAAUGUUUAAACAAUGAACGUUUUAAAGUACUUACCAAAAGUAAAAUAAUGUGUUUUGUUCCUGUAUUCAUUAGAACUCGGUUAUCAUGUUUAAUACAAUCAUGUAUAUGUUGUUUUAAAACGAUUUCUUAAUUGUUAUGCGCUAUAACGUCACUGUACCCAUAUACUCAAUUGCCUUAUAUUAUACUUUUGCAAUGUUAAUUGCCAUUUGUAAACGUGCAGUAUAUUAAUACACACGGGAAAGUGAUUGAAUACACUCACACGUAUACAUUUUCCUUACAUUU